AGCACCAAGCCAACAACAGAAAUGGCGGUCCUUUCUCAACCAGUCAAUUUACUUACGAUGCAAGCAAGAGCCAUUAGCAUGAUGGUAGCAUAAGACUGAAUGCAUGUCUAACUCCCCAUAUUUGAUAUUCCAUCAAAUGUCAAGAAGUUUGAUGCAAUUGAGAGAGAGAGAGAGAGAGAGAGUUCGAUUUCAGAUAUAGAGUCCAGACUCCAGACCCAAAUUCCAAUCCAUGACCAUCUGGAGGGAGAGAUCCCUGAUUUUGCCCAGGUUCUUCCUUCCUGGGCCUUCUUCCAGCUUCUGCAGCAGCCGAUAAUGGGAGGAGGAGGUGGAGAAGGCAUCGAGAAGAUGGUCGCCGUUGGCCUCGUCUGGGGAGCCACCAACGCCCUCAUGAGGAAGGGAGCCCUCCUCUGGGAGCACCGCCAAUCCCAACUCCGCCGUUCCCACCACCGCGGCCUCCUUGGCACCGCCAGGGAGUGGGCGGCGCUCCUCCUCGUGUGGCAGUACACACUCCCCUUCCUCCUCAACCUUUCCGCCUCCGCCGCCUUCUUCGUUGCCCUCGGCUCAUCCCCGAUCUCCCUCGCCGUUCCAGUCACCAACGCCGUCACCUUCGCCUCCACCGCUCUCUUCGCUGCCCUCCUCGGCGAGCCCACCCGCCUCUCCCCCGUACUUCUGGGCACCUCCCUUGUCGCCCUCGGCGUCUGGCUCUGCAUCGAUUCCUCCAAGCCGCACGUCCCAUCCUAAAGGUAAAUUGAAGUGUAGCUCAGCCUCUUAUUUGACAUUCUAUAAAAAGUGUGACCCUCAUUCAGAAAAUCGUAAAAGUUUAGUUCAUUCAGCUGUUUGUUCGAUGGCACAUUUUACGUUGAUGCGAUUUUCUGCCGGC